AUGAACACCACACUACCAUUCUUCCGCCUCCCACAAGAGCUUCGUGAGCAGAUAUACUCCUACCUCUUCGACAAAGAUGAGCCCUACAUUCAAAGUCUUCCCAGGAUGGGGUGCACUCCAGACGAGCUGGUCCCGCCGCCUCACUAUACGGGUUGCCUCCGAGUCUGGAUCGAAAACGAGGACCUCGUCACGAACCCAACGUACCAGAACCGCCGUCUUGCUGAACCUAUGCACGAUCGUGCCGCGAUCCUUAGGACUUGUCGGAAGAUAUACGGGGACGCUUCGGAGUAUCUGUAUGGUAAGACACAGUUUAUGAUCUUCAAUGGUCAAAAGUAUCGGAAGCAUUUCAAAGGAUCCGCAGGGGCAUCGAGCUGGGACGAGGAGAACACACGAGUGGCGAGCCUGCUGUCGCGGGAGGUGAAGCGAGAAUUUCCGUACGAUAAGCAUCCAUGGUCGCCAUGCCCCGGGGCUGCGUUCUGGGGUUUCGGGCAGGUUCCAGAAUCAAUGUGGACGGCGCCUCGUUGUGAGCUCAUGGGGACAAUUCCGAGCUGCGAGUUCCUGCGGCGGGCACAGCAUGUCCGAAUCUCAAUCUGGGCAAAGAAACCACAGAAUCUUGGCAAGAUGAUAGCCAUGUUGCAAAAGCUCUUCGCGGUCUUUCCGAGCACCAUGAGGACAGUCAACGUCCGCCUCCAAUUCAACGAGCCGCGCCGGCAAUCGAUCAGGCCAUUCCUGGAUGAAGAAGAGUUCAAUCAGCUCGUGGCACUCCUAACAACAUUCAAAAGCGUGUAUCCAACAGCCUUUGAUGCCCGCAUAAUGGCAGAUUCUGCCUGGUGGAUAGCAGCUUUCCGCAAGGAAAAGUUGCUUGCGCUUGAAGAGCUUUGCGGUCCUGGAAGCGUGUACCCGAAUCCCAGGUUCUAUAACACCUUCUACGAUAAGCACCUUGUGCGGUGGAGGAUUGCAUAUUGCGACGUUCUCGAGUGUGAAAGCUGCAUGAAUUGUCGAUUAGCUGCUGCGUGGUUUGGCGAAACGAAGUAG